GCACAAGGUUCAUUCCGCUGAUAACUAUUUAAAUCACACCCUAAAUUAGGGUUUUGAGUCUGCCAAGGGUUUGCGCUUAGAGCCGUCCUCGUUUUACUCCUCUUCUGCAGCUAAAGCUCAGCCCUUAGCUCUUCACCUCCACCAACCAUGGCCGUCGGGAAGAACAAGAGAAUUUCAAAGGGAAAGAAAGGAGGCAAGAAGAAGGCAGCGGAUCCCUUUGCAAAGAAGGACUGGUACGAUAUUAAAGCUCCAUCUGUGUUCCAAGUGAAGAAUGUGGGCAAGACUCUUGUUACUCGUACGCAGGGUACUAAGAUUGCUUCUGAAGGACUCAAACACCGUGUGUUUGAGAUCUCCCUAGCUGACCUUCAGGGUGAUGAAGAUCAUGCUUACAGAAAGAUCCGGUUGAGAGCCGAAGAUGUUCAAGGGAGGAAUGUUUUGACAAAUUUCUGGGGAAUGGAUUUUACAACAGACAAGUUGAGGUCUUUGGUGAGGAAGUGGCAAACCUUGAUUGAAGCUCAUGUGGAUGUGAAGACAACUGAUAAUUACACUUUGAGGAUGUUCUGCAUUGGGUUUACAAAGAGACGACCCAACCAGGUGAAGAGGACUUGUUAUGCACAAUCCAGUCAGAUAAGACAGAUCCGUAGGAAAAUGAGGGAGAUCAUGAUAGCCCAAGCGUCGUCUUCUGAUCUCAAGGAUUUGGUCCGAAAGUUCAUUCCUGAGAUAAUUGGCAAGGAAAUUGAGAAGGCAACUUCAAGUAUCUACCCAUUACAGAAUGUCUUCAUUCGGAAAGUAAAGAUUUUGAAAGCUCCAAAAUUUGAUCUUGGAAAACUGAUGGAGGUUCACGGUGAUUAUUCAGAGGAUGUAGGUGUGAAGUUGGAAAGGCCAGCAGAUGAAACAAUGGCUGAGGCCCCAGCUGAAGCUGCUGCUGUAUGAGCUUGAAAAUUUUUUUGUUUUUGCUAUUUAUUUACUGUUGAUCUCCUUUUAUCAAAUUGCAGACAAUGUUUUAAAUUGCUGCUCGUUUUUGUUUAGCAUAUUUUGAUUGAACUGAUUCAGAAUGGUUCUUUGGAGGACCUAUUUUGGCAUAAUCAAAGAUUCUGUUGCCGUGUUGCCCAAA